UGCGCCGCUGGUUCCUCACUGCGCCGCUGCUCUCCACACUGUCCACUCUCUUCACUCUCUCUCCAGACUCUCUCCAGACUCUCCAACCCCACCAACCCCACUAACCCCACCGUGCUCCACUCCUGCAGACCACAGGCACACGGGGACCGCGCUGCGCCAUGGACGGCCGUGGAUACGGAUCUGGUUAUUGUAGUUGGGGAGGUGGAGGCCCUGGCAGCAGAGGGACUCACGCUGAUGCGGUCAUCGCCAAGAUCAAUGAACGACUGGACAUGCUGUCCCAGCUGGAGGGCGGUGUGAAGGGGGACAGGUAUGACCAGUAUGAGUCUAUGGACUCGCGCUCUUCCAUGGCCUCCUCCCGAGAUCUCUACAGAUCUGGUAGCUAUGGUUACGGGGAUGGCAGGGGUGACAACAUGCUGUUGGCUCACCGCGGAGGCUCUGGCUACGGAGGAGGGAUGGGGAUGGGAUCAGGGGCGGGCUUUGAUGACUAUUCCUCAUACGGAGUCGCUAAAAUGCGAACGAAUAUGAGGGAGCCCUUCGGCGGGGGCCAGGGAGCCAGCUCUGGAGGAUGGGCUUCAGCCAACCGCCACAGCCCCAGACGGGGCGGCAGCACGGGGGGCUUCGGUGGUCACAGGGGCCACAGGGGCCAAUCUCCAGGAGGUGGUAGAGGCAAGCUCCCAUCCCUCCUGUCCAACCGCAUGUACCCUGAGAGCGGGGGCUUCCACCAGGGCCCCAGCCAGGGUCCCAGCCAGGGUCCUCAUGACUUCCCCGGGAGGCAUUUUGGAGGGGGCCCACGGGCCGGCCGCCAGCGAGGCCGCAAGAGACCCCUCAACAAACAGGUCAAACCACAGCCACAGAAGAAGAGGCGGCAGAAUUCAGAAGGAGAUGAGCCUGAGUCGAAAAUAAACAAAACUGAAUUAGCAGGAAGUGCUGGUGAUCCUCCAGACACACAAGACAAGAACGGACAUGGGGAGGACUCCAAGGCUGAGCAGGACAGGCCAGCCACUGAAGCUAUAGAGAAAGCUGAGCCAAAGGCAGAGGACGGAGGCCAAGGGAGCAAGACCCAGAGCAAACAGAGCCCAGCAGCCCAGAGCCACCACCAGAGGAUGAGGAAGAGGAGGGGCUUCAUCGACCGGGUGAUGUUUACCUGUUCAGUGUGCAAGUUCCGCUCUUUCUACAAGGAGGACAUGGAAGCCCACCUCACCAGCCGCUUCCAUAAAGACCAUUUCAAGUUUCUCCAAAAUCACCUGUCCAAACCCACCAUGGACUUCCUGCAGGAGUAUCUGCAGAACAAGCUGAGGAAGACUGAGUACCGUGUGGGUCAGCUAGAGAACCACUCUGCAUCCAUCUGCCAGGUGUACAGGAAGCAGGAUCUGACCAGAGACCUGGGCUUGGAGCACUUCAUCAGAAAGGUGGAGGCAGCUCACUGCGCUGCCUGUGACCUGUUCAUCCCCAUGCAGAACCACCUCAUCCAGAAGCACCUCAAGUCUCCAGACCACAACUACAAUCGAAAGGCCAUGAUGGAGCAAUCCAAGAGAGCCAGUCUGUCUGUUGCCCGCAGCAUCCUCAACCACAAAGUCAUUGGGAAGAAACUGGAGAGCUACCUUAAGGGGGAGAACCCUUUCUUUGAUAACCCUGAUGAGCAGGAGCCAGAUGACUCCAUGGCCAUGGAUGUGUCCGGGACCGAGCUGAGUGGGGAGCAGGCAGACAGCCAGCCACUGGAAGGCCUCACUCCCUCUGAUGCCCUGGAGGAAACCCCUCUGAGCCUAGAGAUUGAGGGCCCAGAGCAAGAGGAAGCAGAGGCAGGGCUAGGGGCAGGGUUGGCAAAGGAGGACCACGUGGAUCAGGCUGAAGAUGCAGAGUUCCACCCUGAGGAGGAGGGCUUCGAGCUGGGCGACGAGGAGGACUGCUCCUUUGUGGUCCGUGAUGAGCUCCCAGAGGGACUGGAUGUGCAAGAGGGGCUCCCCGCUGAGGAAGUGGACCAGCCUGCAGAAUAAUCUCUAGUAGGACAAUCCACCACCUGCUCACCAACCUCGUCCAUGCCCAUUUUUUUUUAAUAGUUUGGCAUUCACUUACUAGACUGUAAAGUGAAACCCAUUUGAGUCACUUUGUGCUUUCUAAUGUUACUCCUUCUGCUGUGUGCUGGGGACCAGACAGAUGAUUGGGAUAAAAGAACAGGAUUGCUGUUCGGACUGCUUUAACUUAAAUUCUUUUCCAUGUAUAUUUUUUAAAUUUUUGGAUGAAGGUUUGUAACCAGCAGAAUCUUCAUGUCCCUCAGCUUGUGAACACAAUGAAGGGCCUGGAUAAUUACAUUCAUCGUUUUUGCCUUUAGUUGUUGCUGUCUCUUUGUGGCAGCAUGUACAUGGGGAUAGUGAAUUCUCUCCCAAAAAGUUGUUGUACAUCGUCUUUCAUUCUAAAAUAAAUGUCAUUCAGAAAAAAAAAAGAA